AUGAAUUUUCAAAGUGUUGCUUUUCCUGAUGAUAUUUGUUUUGAAGUGUUCAAGUAUUCAGAGCAGAAACACAUGCUUGCCAACUUUCUUGUUUGCCAGCAAUGGUUUCGUAUUGGAAUGACAAGAUAUUCGUUUUCUAUUAAACUAAAUCAAACAUCACAGCAAUUAAACAAGUGGUGGAAGAGAUUAGUUUCGGAUAAAAUUGAUCACAAGUGGGGUUUUACAGGAUCAUCAAUUAAAAAAUUAAAAUUCUCACAUUUGACAAUCAAAUCAACAGAUUUUAUGAAAAUUUAUUCGAAUAUGAAAAAUUUAAAAUCACUUUCCAUGAAAAAGUGCAGAAUUGAAAAGAAAGAUUUUGUUUAUUUAAUGAAAAUUAAACAAUUGGAAAGUUUGAAUAUUAUCCCACAUUUCUCAAAUAUCACAAAUGAAGAGAUUUGCAAAAUUUGUACGAAUUUAACAAAUUUGAAAGAUUUUGGAAUUAGUGGAAUGUCAUUACAAUAUAAAACUCUUCAAUAUAUUACAAAUAUGAAAAGUUUAACAUCAUUGGAUAUUUCAAAUACUGAAUUAUAUGAAGAAUAUUUGCAAGAAAUUGGUAAAAUGACUCAUUUGACCUCUCUUAAUAUUGGAGAUAAUGGGACGAUUCCACUACAAUAUAUUAAAUCAUUAGCAGGAUUGAAAUCAUUAAAUAUUAACGGAAGAUUUAUCAAUAAUGGAUUUUAUGAGCUGAGAGAAUUGAAGGAUUUACACUCAUUGACAGAGUUGAGUGUUUCACACAAUACAAUUAAAACGAAAGGACUAAAGUACUUGAUUGACACAUUUCCAGAUUUGACAAGUCUUGAUAUUUCUUACAAUGGAUUGGGAAGUAUCAAGAAAAUUAGAAAAUUGAAACAUCUUACAAAACUGGACAUUUCUAAUAAUUCUAUUAGCGAUCAAGAUCUCAUAUAUAUAACUUGUCUUCCUCAACUGACAAAACUCAACAUUUCAAGUAAUCAGAUUACAGAUAAUGGAGCACUACUAUUUGCUUCCAUGGAAAGUUUGAGAAAUAUUGAUGUCCGUUUCAAUGACAUCACAAAUGACAAGGUAUUUCAAGGAAUGAUAAAUUUGGAAAAGCUAAAAUUCAAAUCAUUCUCUCUUGAACCUUCUUCAAGAAAAAACAAGGAUGGUCAAGCAUGUUUAUCAAUUCUAUUUACUCUGUUCAUUUCCUUAAUUACAAUGUAUUUCAUGUAUUUUAAAAGGUAA